AUGACGACUACUAUAAAUAUUCAACAAAAAGUGCAAGUUGUCAAUGAAGACUUGAGCAAGCUUGUGGUGGACCUUAAAAAUGCCAAUGGAUUCAACCCGGGGUUCAAGGACUCGUUUGAUGCAAAUGAGGUUCCUGUUCAUACCAGAAACAGAUUGACAAAGUAUGGCAUUGAUUUGUCCAAAGGAUACCCUGAAAGACCAGGAAACAUUCCUCAUUUCUUGGACGAAGGGUAUGCUAUCCGGGACACUCCUAACCCCAAUUAUGUUGAACGAGGAAAGAAUGCGGACCCGGAAAAGAAAGCAUUAUUUGCAGCAGUUAAAGAAAUUAGGCAAUUGACACCCCAGGUAGGAACUGAGCUUGUUGGGAUCCAGCUUGAAAAGCUCAAUGAAAAGCAAUUGGACGAACUUGCUCUUCUUAUCGCAGAAAGAGUAGUGGUGGUAAUUCGCAACCAAGACUUGUCUCCGCAGAAACAAUUGGCUAUUGGCAAGUACUAUGGUGAGGUUGAGGUUCAUCCACUUGUUGCCCAUGUUCCUGGAUAUCCUGGUAUUACUACUGUAUGGUCGAAAUUUAACCGUGGAGGUCCUUUGAUCAGCUACCAAAAGGGUAUCCAUAACGGUUGGCACCAGGACAUGGACCAUGAAAGAUCUCCAGCUGGAAUCACACAUUUGCACUUGGACUCUGUUCCAGAAGUUGGUGGAGAUACGGGGUUUGCUUCGGGUUACGCUGCGUACGAUAAGCUCUCCAAGACACUUCAGGAAUUUCUCGAAAAGAGAACUGCUCUUCAUCGGUCGGCUCACUCAUACUUGAAACGAGACAAUGUAUUGGCAGCACCAGAACCAAUUGUUAGAGAGCACCCAUUGGUGAUAACUCAUCCUGCUACCGGGUGGAAAUCUCUCUUUGUUAAUCGUGCCCAUACGUUCAAAAUCGUGGGUUUGGAAGAUAGUGAGUCAGCGGUUCUUUUAGAGUACUUGUUCUCGGUAUACGAACGGAAUUUGGAUGUUCAGACUCGGGUCACCUGGCAACCCACCGAGCCAGGAUUGGGCACAUCGGUACUCUGGGACAAUAGAAUUAGUCAACAUAUUGCCAUUCCUGAUUAUAACGACUCCAAGGGAAAACUUCGUCAUGCUAACCGAGUAACUUCUUUGAGCACUCCGUUGAAAUUUGACCCAGAGUCCAAGUCUCAAAGGGAAGCACUUGGAUUGGACAAAUAA